AUGAGGGAGGCCGCCUCGGCGCCUUUGCGGGGCGGCCGCUUUGACGGCAGGCUUCCGCCAAACCCCAGCAACACGCUGUGCCCGCCGGAGCAGCAGCGGGAGAAGCAGCGGGCGGCGGAGCUGGCCGUGAUUGAGCAGGACGCCAUGGCUCUGCGGCAGUUGGUGGCCGGCGCGCUUCCACCCUCGCAAGCGGGCGAGCCACGGGUGCAGGACGCCGGGCCGCACAGUUUAGCCGCACCAUCCCAGCAGCAGGCCGUGCAGGGCGGCCUCCUAUCCAGCCUGACGCUGCACGCGCUGCUGGAGGAGCCACACCCACGCCACCCGAUGCACCAGCAUGGCAGUCCGCCUGGCGCUGGGGCCGGGCUGCCUGCAGAUCCGUCGGCGCUGGCAGCGUACAUGGCAGGCCUGGAGGACAGCAGCACCAUGCUGCAGCGCCAGCUCAUGCACCUGCAAGCCAGCACAAGCGACGGCCCCGUGGGCAACGGCGUCUCCAAGCCCUUUCGAAGCGCACGGCACGCGCCCGGCACGCGCGAGGUGUUUGUGCUCGGCAAGUGGCUGGAGGUCGAGACGCGGCGCUUCAAUGCCACGUACUCCCGCAAGGACGAGCGCACGCCGCUGGUGGACUUCCUGCUGCUGGCGGCAGCCAAGGCCAAGGCCAUCUACAGCCAGGCAUACGCCGAGCUGGCGCGGCAGGUCACGCAGCAGUGCGAGGAGCGGGGGCGCCUCAUGGCAGACGUCGUGCUGAGCCGGGUGCAUGCUGCGUACGCUGUGGUCAAGGACCGUGCGGAGCGGGCCGAGGUGCGGCUGGAGAUGGCAGAGUUGCAGCUGGAGCAGGAGCGGGCGGCUGCCGACGCGUACAAGGUGGAGCUCCAAGAUGAGCUGGCGCGGCUGCGCGCGGAGCUCACCACGGCGCUGAGCAUGGGAGGCGGCGGCGGUCACGUGGACGUCAUGUCUGUGGUGCUGGGGCCGCGGGGCGAGCCAUCGGGGGGAGACGAUGGGCGCCACAUGCCCAUGAGCCACCUGAGCCGUGACGGCAGCCUCCUACCGCAGCGCAGCGUGCGGUUCAGGGAGUCCACCGUCAGCAUGCUGUCCCGGUCCAGCACGCUGUCAGGCGAGUGGGCGGGCAAGCGCGGCACGUCGGCGGCGAUCGAGGAGCUGCGGCACGGCAGCCGCAAGGCCUCCAUUGCCAUGGGCAACGUGAUGCGCCAGCUGCAGGACGCCGCGGGCGGCACCAGUUUGGGGAUCAGCAGCGAGGAUGCCGAGGCGCUGCAGCAGCAGAAUGCAGUGCUGAGGGAGGCGCUGGAUGCGGCGAGGCAGGAACUGCUGGAGAUGGCAGACCUGGAGUCGACCGCCGACGAGGUGGUGCAGCUGGAGAGCCGGGCGGAGGCUGCGGAGAAUGAGCGGGACGAGGCGGCGGCCCGGCUGCGGGUGUCCACGCCGCGGCCGCAGCAGAACUGGGAUGUGCUGCUGGAGCUGGUGGGCAAGCAAGGCGUGGUGCAGUUCCAGGCCGCCCUGGAUGCCCACAGGCAGUGGCCCACCGACGACCUCGCCUUGCUGCUGGCCGGCAGCAUGCUGCAUGCGCCCGGGGCCGCGCCCAGGAGCGAUGUCGGCGUAGCCGUGCUGGACGGCCAGCGGGAUGGGCCUGCUGCCGCAUCUGGCACCGACGAUGCCGCCGCGGCUGCCCCCUACAGCGGCAGCCACUUGCGGGACCACGUGGAGCUGGGACUGGGCUGCCUGCGGGGGGCUGUGGCGCAGGGGCUGCUCACCCGAGAUGCCAUCAAGCAGGCGCAGGCUGUACAGAGCGGUGAUGUCGAGGCGCUGUUGGAGGCAGCAGAGGAUGAGCACGCCGAGUGGCUGGAGCAGGCACUGGGCAGGCCUGCCGCCAACCAGGAGGCGCUGGUCGACUUCCUGGGCGUCACGUUUGACGAGCUGCGCAGCGCGGUGCAGUGGGCGCGCAUGUCGACCAAGACGCGGGUGGCGGUUGUGGAGGAGGAGGCAAGCCCUGGGGCCAGGGAGCUGCGCAAGGAGUGUGUGGAGUUGCGGGAGAUUGUGCACGGGUACAAGGAGGUGGAGCAGCGGCGCGAUGCGGCGCGGCGGCGGCGUGAGGAGGAGGCGGUGCUGGAGCGCAAGAACCCACUGCAGCAGUAUGUGGAGCUGCUGGGCAGCCAGGAGGAGGCGGCCUGGAAGGAGUGGCUCAUAGGCAUGGGGCAGGCCGCGGAUGUGCCCCGCCUGUUCAAGCACAGCGGCAAGAUCCGCAACAAGCACCUGAGCAAGCGCGACACGGAGAAGCUGGUGAAGGAGAUUUGGAAGGAGCGCAUGGCAGACCCUGCGGCGGCGGCGGGCAAGGCGUGCGACCUCCAGGAGUUUCUGUUCCAGCAGCUGCAGAAGCGAGUGGGCAUCGUCACCGCGGUGGUGGAGGCGGGCUACAACUUCCUGUACGGGCUGUUCAAGUACCAGUGGGAUGCCGACUGCGAGCUCUUCCUGCGCAUCCUGCUGGGCGAGGUGAAGGAGGAUGUGUAUGUGGCCCAGAUCCGGCUGCAGGAGGAGCUGUUUGCCGCCGUAGACAAGGCCAAGGGGCAGGCCACGGGCUUCAUACCCAAGGCAGGACGGGGCAGCUCAGCCGCGCAUGAGGACCUGCGCACCGCCUUCCUGGCCUACUUCAAGGUGGGGCAGCCGGGGGGCAAGACCCUCAAGCGCUUCGACGAGCUUGCCAUGGACGAGGACCAGGAGGGCGACACGGUGGAGUGGCGCAAGGUGUUCGAGGAGGACAGAGAGUUCAACCAAGGCGAGUUUGCCGAGUCCAUCCGCGACCAGUUCCUGCAGGAGCGCGUGGAGUUCUUCAAGGCCCUGGAGGAGGCCGUGUAUGACGAGGCGGGGCACGAGGAGGAGUGCAGCAAGGAGCAUGUGGUGCGGGCGCUGCUGCGGGUGGACCUGGACAUGACGGAGAAGACGGCGCAGUCGACCGCGGGCGCCAUUUUUGGGGGCGACAUCGACCUGCUGAGCGUCAAGGCGGUGAUGCGCAAGUUGUCGCGCGGCGUGGUGCGGCGCGGCCGCGCCUCCAGCACCAAGGCCAGCGUGAUGGGAGCGGCGGCGGGGCUCAAGGCCAAGGGCAAGAAGGGCGGCGCCCUCAGCGAUGCGUGCCUGCGGGCCAUGGAGGCGCUGCGCCAGGACUGGAUUGCGCGGGAGCUGGCACGCAACGCCUGA